AUGUCUAAACAGACGGAACUAGUAGACAAGGGAAUACCGGAUCCUGAUCCGAUACCAAUUGACACAGCCAAGCGAGAUGCAAAGGCGCUCUUCUUCAUUCAGCAAUACGUACACGAAUUGGUGUUUGCGAAGAUUGUAGCAGCAGAAACAGCAAACGAGGCCUGGUCUACUCUAAAAACCGCAUUUCAGGGAAGUUCCAAGGUGGUAGCUAUCAAGUUGCAGGGCUUGAGACGAGAGUUUGAGACAUUGAACAUGAAACAAGGCGAGUCAGUUCAAUCCUUCUUCACGCAAGUUACAACAAUAGUCAACCAAAUUCGAAGCUGUGGAGAAGAUCUUCCAGAAAAAACGGUUGUGAUGAAGGUGUUGCGCAGCCUGACAACCAAGUUUGAUCAUGUGGUGGCGACGAUCAAAGAAUCAAAAGAUCUGUCCACCUACACGUUUGAUGAAUUGAUGGGAUCACUGCAGGUCCAUGAAGUUCGUUUCAGCCGAUCAGAAGUGAAGGACGACACCAAAGCUUUCUAUACCAAGGGUGAUUCCUCAAGAAACCAACAACAAGGCAGAGGUAGAGGACAAGGUAACAGCAGAGGUCGAAGCAGUCAAGGCGGCAGUGGCAGAGGCAAGCCAAGUUAUAAUCAACCGCAUUCUAAUCAACCGAAGAAAGAUGUAGAAUGCUACUACUGUCACAAGAAAGGGCAUAUGCAAGCCAAUUGCUACAAGAAACAGAGAGAAGAAGGUCAAGACGUGGAGUGCUAUUACUACCACAAGUCCGGUCAUGUGGAGGCUGACUGCUACAAGAAGAAAAGAGAAGAAGGACAUGGAAGUUUUGUUGAAGAGAAGAGCAAUCAGGCACGGUUGUUCAUGGCCAAAACCGAUGAAGAAUCAGAUGUAGUUUUGUUGAAGAGAAGAGCAAUCAGGCACGGUUGUUCAUGGCCAAAACCGAUGAAGAAUCAGAUGUGA